AUGGCUUUGGAGCAUCGGUUUACCAAGCUUUCCUUACAUGAGCAGGGAAAGGACAUGGUCUCAGGCUCAUCGCGUCCAAAGAAUCCGAAUGGACUGCCCUACGAACUCGCCGUCGAACCAGAGGACUUUCCCGUAAUCCCUGACCCUAGCAUCUUUAACUUUACGACACCAGUAAAUGUCAACAAUGAACCUUCAAGAAGACGGAUGACUCUGGACUUGGCUCUGCCUACACAGGCCGAGUGUGCAGCUCACCUUGAAUUCCUUGAGACGCUCUUCAUCUUGAGGCAGAAAAUUCUUGUUUCGAAAGAGCUGGAUGAUGUGAUGCAGACUAAGCCUGUGAGAGAGCACAAAACUGGUGCUCAGGGAGAUGAGAAGACGCUCAAGGAUGAUAAACUAUGGGAACGAAGACAGGCGAAGUGGCCGAGAUUUGUUGAGCUUGCUACAGUUCGCUUUCUUGCGUGGCGAGAUCACUUCAACAGAUCGGCCCAAAGAGAGAUUACACGAGAUAAUCUUCCACCUCUCGAUAUUCUCAUGGUCUGGCAUUCAUUUCUGCUCAACCCUCGUCUCUUCUUAAAUACCUGCUCAAAAGAACCUCUCUUCUCAGUCAAGUUUCCAUGGAAGCACAUUCACAUCGCCAUCGAUAAUACAGAGUGGGCUUUCACUCUACCACCAGCUGCAGCAGCGAACUACGAAGAAGAAUCGGGCUUCGCACCUAAUCUUUUCAACGAUAUCCUUUCAUGGAAGGACCUUACAACCCCCACGCUGAUCCUGAUGUCUCAGGAGGGGUUUGGGGUCAGCGGCUAUAGACCCUCGAUAUACGAGAGUCCGUGUAUGGAAUACUCACAGCUCUUUCGAGGGUAUGACUCAGAAUUGGCGAAACAGCUCAGAGAUGCCGUUAUUCGUCAGGCAUCGUUUGUUGAUAAGAUGAACUCCUUCAUGUGGAUACGCAGUCCUGCUCUCGAGGGAACUCUUCGCCGAGCUAUUGCACGGUAUCAGAACUUCUGCAAGCUGCUCAAGAUAUCAAAGACCACUGUUGUGCCAACUUUGGAUAUUGAUCUGGUCUGGCACACCCAUCAGUGUACGGCCAAGUAUUAUGGACAAGCGAUGAAGGUCCUGACAGGAAAGUUCGUCAAUCAUGAUGAUACCAUUGAGAAAGCACAGUUGGGUGAUGGUUUUGGCGAGACGAGGAGAUUGUAUCGAGUGUACUUUGGACAGGAGUAUCGUGCUUGUGGGUGCUGGGACUGUCAGGCUCUUUUGACGGAACUUGAAAGGGCUGUGGAGGAGGGACAGGAUGUGGAUAUGGAGAAGAUUACAGAAAAAGUCAAGGAGGAUGUGUUCCUUUAUAGAGCAGUGGAGUGGUCGAGGAGACACAGAAAGAGUUUGCCAACAUGGCGGGCCUGA